CUGGUUUCCUUCCUGUGGUUACGUUCCUUCCGCAGCCCGUGGCUGCAGCAGGAGCUGGGCAUGAAGCAGCCACAUCUCUCUCUGCGCCGCAGCACGACCUGCAAUGGCCUGUUUCCCGCUGCUGGUUUGGACUCUCAUCCUGGGAUUCCGCGGAUCGCGGUGCGGCCCGUGUCGGCCCGUCUGCACCGGAAGCAGCUGUGUUGUCGUCCAUGAGUCCCGGGUGGAUUUCUCAACAGCGGAGCAGAGGUGUCGCCGUGACGACGGGGAGCUACUGACCAGUCAGUCUCCGGAGGAGGAGCGGCUGCUGCGGGCUUCGGCCGCAGGCCUGCGUGGAGAGUUCUGGAUCGGCCUGCGUCUGCCGGAGCGCGUCUGCAGCAACAUGUCCGACCCGCUCCGAGGUUACCAGUGGCUUCAGGCACGCGGGAGCGCCAUCCCCACUGCUGCCACCUGGAGGGACGGCGCGGAAGUCUGCUCUCCACGCUGCGUGGCCGUCUCCAGGCCGCAGGUGUUCAGCGAGCGGCUUUGUUCGGACCUGAGCGACGGCUUCCUCUGCAGGACUCGCCGCAGAGACGCCUGCGCGGCGCAGCCACUGUCGGAGCCCAGGGUCUUCCAGAGCAAGAAGGGCUGCUCGGACGCGCCGUGUCAGCAGAUUUGCAACCCCGCCAGCGGCGGCUACAGCUGCUCCUGUGAGAAGGGCUUCGCGCCGGACAGCGGCGACCCGCGGCGCUGCAGGGUGCACUGCGACCAGGAGAAGUGUCCGCCCGUGUGCCGCGGCCAGGACUCCUGCGACUGCGCCGACGGCUACAUCAUGAACGACGACUUCUGCGAGGACAUCGACGAGUGCGCCAUGGAUCAGUGCCCGCAGCUGUGUCGCAACACUUUCGGGAGCUUCCUGUGCUCCUGCCAGGACGGCUUCAUCCUGAAGGGGGCGGCGUGCGUCAGAGCUGAGGAGACAAGGCCCGAACCCAGUGAUGAGUCUGUGAAGAGCCCCUCGCUGUCUGCCGUCGGCUUCAUCUGGAUCUGGCUUUUGCUGGCGGCGGCGGUGAUCCUGCUUAUCUGUGUGGGGAGAUGUUACAUUGUCAGGCGCCAGAAGCGCCGCGAGAUAAACCUGCAGCAGGUGACGGCGACAGCGGCGGCGGCGGACAGCGUGGUGCGCUGACUCAAUCCGGUUCACUUUCCUCUGUUUCUGCUCAAAUAUCAGGAGCACCUGCUGACAACCGCCUCUUCACAACACUACAGACAGUAGAUGUAUUUUUUCCAAACACUCAUCAUUAGCUAGUUUUGCAUUAUUAGCAUGCUAAUACUGCAUGGCUGCUCCUAGCUGGCUUCGACCCAGGAGAGGGAACUGUCUUCAGACUGGACAGUUUAAACCAAUAGGUUUUUUUAUUGUUUUUUAUUGUUGUUGUUAUCUUUUUCUGCACUUUAACAUUUUUUGUUUAUUAUUAUUCCUUUAGGCUUAAAAAAAUAAAUAUAUAAAUAAAAUGUUGCUUAAAUUUCUGUAUUAAAUGAAAUAGUUUUUUUUUCAUGGGCACAGUAUUAUUACAUACUGUGUAUAUGUAUAUACAGUAUAUAUAAUUUUAUAUAUAUAUAUAUAUAUUUGUUGUUUGUUUUUUGUUUUGUAAAACUUUUCUUUCUAAACCAGAUUUGCUUUUGUAUGAAUAACAAGCUCACAAAAUUAGACUGGGGGCGGGUCUGAUA